GUGAACGCUAGAGAGUUACUUGAUGGCGACAGGUUUGUGUCUGUCUACAGACAUGCCAGCUGACAUGGCGUAAUAUGUUGUGGGAAGUUAAUAAGACUGAAGGAGUAGAGGAAAACAAAAUGGAUGCUAAUAGAAUGGAACACUCCUUUGAUCUUCUGAAAUGCAAUGAGGCUCUGUUCUCCUCACCUGGCUGCCCCCCUACUCCUAUGGAGUAUGAUGACCUGCCAGAGCUGCAGGAGGUAGAGGAGAACCAGUCCUCUCCAGUGCUGUUCCAUGUGGGAGCUGGGGUGUCACAUCAGGAGUGUAUAGCUGGUUCCCCUCACACCAACUGGCUGACUGAGCUGGCGAACAUUGCCACCAGCCCUCAGAGCCCCCUACUGCAGGAGCCUGCUCCCAUCAAGAGGUCGUCUCCUGUGCACAUCUUUGCCACCAGUCGUAGUUUACAUUCCUACGCCCGACCGCCCCUAGCCAGCAGUGCACCCAGCCCCUCUAGGGGUCACCUUAGGGAGCGCAGCAGACGUGUCAGAGCCAGCAGUGAGUCAGAGUCUGGUGUGUUCUCUAUGUCAUCCUUCUCUGAUGAUGAAGACAUGGGUUGGUCUAACUCCUGGCCCUCAACAGCCUGGCACUGCUUCCUGAAAGGCACCCGGCUGCGGUUCCACGGGGGUUCUAACAAGGAGUGGCAAGAGGCUGAGGACCUGGAAGACUCUGAUGACGAGUCAGAUGAUGACAGAAUAAUGCCAUCCACCUCCAGAAAGAGCUACGGUUCGGAAGGUCUGAAGCUAGUGGCCCAUGAGGAGAACGUGUCGUACAGCCAGGCUGUCCUCAAACUCACCUUUGACCCCGGCUCGCCAGAAGAUGGCCUCUUAACGGCAGAGUGCAGAUUUCAUCACCCCUUUUUUGUGAAAAACAAAGGCUGGUCCUCGUUCUAUCCCAGCCUGACGGUGGUGCAGCACGGUAUCCCCUGCUAUGAGAUGCAGGUGGGGGACCUAUGUCUUCCUCCAGGCCACAGAGAUGCCAUAAACUGUGACGACUCUGUUGUCUUCGACACCUUCAGGAGUUAUGACUUCACCCCUCUGGACUCGUCAGCUGUGUAUGUUCUGAGCAGCAUGGCCAGGCAGCGUAGGACCUCCCAGUCCAGCGGUGGCGCUGUCUCCCCCGACCCAGAGAAACUCUCUAGUUCCUCCCACCCCUCCUCCGCCAGCAAAUCAAACAGGAGCAAUACCUCAGGGACAGCCCCUGGCGGGGCCACGCCCACCAAAUGCAAGCGGCCAAUGAACGCCUUCAUGCUCUUCGCUAAGAAGUACAGGUUGGAGUACACACAGAUGUACCCUGGGAAGGAUAACAGAGCCAUCAGUGUGAUCCUGGGUGAUAAGUGGAAGAAGAUGAAGAGCGAGGAGAGGAGGAUGUACACUGUGGAGGCCAAAGCUCUGGCUGACGAGCAGAAGAGACUCAACCCUGACUGCUGGAAACGCAAGAGAACCAACUCAGGGUCCCAGCACCAAUAGAUGGCCUUUGACCUUCAGACACUGGUGUGUGUGGCGUGGAGAGGUCAGAGGUCAAAGGUGAACUGACCGACCAGGCGACCCCACUAUCUCUCUAGCCUGGUUCCAGAUCUGUUUGUGCUGUAUAGCCAACUCCUAUGGUCGUUGGACCAUAAGACAGCACAAACAGACCUGGAACCAGGCUACUCUGUCUCUCUCUCUCUGCUCACCUGUCAAAUUGAUGAGACUUAACUGUGAUGCUGAAUACACUUGCUUUUAUAACUUAGAGACCUUAUAGAUAGGCCUACAAACAUUUUAAAGACAAAACGACAACUAUGAACUAUAUAUCAAAAAGCAGGUCAUCUAAUGUAACUAACCGUGCUUAUAUAUUCUUACAUCUUAAAAUGACAAGAGAUGCCUUGUUAUUCCUCUAUAAGAAAGGAAAGGCUCAGUUUUUAUUUCUUCAGGUAAUUUCAUAUUUCGAGGCGUGAAACCUUGAGAUCAGGGUUGCAAAAUUCCGGUAACUUUCCAAAGAUUCCCUGGUUUUCCAUAAAUUCAGGUUGGAAGAUUCCUGGAAUCAGGAGGGUAUAAGCAAGAAAUCCAGAAUCCUCCAACCAGGAAUUCUGGAAAACUUGAGAAUUUUGUUAGUUACCGGAAAUUGACUGCCCUACUUGAGACCCAGUGGUGCUAAGUUCGGUGAAGGAAGGAGGAGCAGUGAUACAAAAUGUAUAUUUUUUAUUGUAAAAAGCUUUGGUAACACUUUAUUUGAAGGGUCCAUAAUAAAACAUUUAUAAGGCAUUUACAAACCGUUUGCUCAUCAUUUAUUAAUCAUGCAGGAAUGUCCACCAAUGGCAUGUCCAUCUUUUUGUGAGAAAUUACACUGGUCACUCAAAACAUUUAUAAAAUAUUUAAAGUAUAAAUAGCGCUCACUUUAGAUUAAGGACUGCAAAAAUACUUUACUAAUUAUUAGUAAAUGGUUUAUAAAUGUGGGCGUAAUGAUUCAUAAAUGGUGAACACACAAUUUAUAAAUGCCUUAUUAAAUGGUUUAAUACGGAACCUUAAAAUAUAGUGUUUUUUCUCUUCUCAGCUGUUGUUCAUAUUGAUUAUAUUUGUACAACUCAAUAUAUUGCACAGAUUGAUAAAGCCUUUCAUGCAUUGUAUCAUACACUACAUGCCCAGAAGUAUGUGGACACCUGCUCGUCGAACAUCUCAUUCCAAAAUCAUGGG